UCGAAUAGAAGAGAGGGCUACAAAAAGCAAUUAAAAGAAUCUUGUGUCAUCUUCCUAAGCUCGUUCCCUCCACAAUUUCACUCGCUCUCGAUUUUGAAUACCUUCGCGUUGUUCUCAGAAAGCCUUUUUGGUUUCUUUCUGAGGGAAAAAAACCCUAGAAGCUGGCAAAACAAAAAAAAAACACGCGAGUGACGAUCAUCGUUCCGAUUAGAAUCCAGCAAUCCAUUUUCUUCUGAUAUCUCCCAGCCAUGGCGACUCUCCCAUUCGCUGAUCUGAUUUAAGAAUCGACGACGCUCUUCUGAUGGUUUCUCACCUAUCAUGCUCAAUUCGGUUUGCCAAAUUGGGGAAAUAGCUUCUGGUGAAGAAUCGAUAUGACAGAUAAGGUAGAUUCCGGCGAAUUCGCGACAGAGAAGAACCCUAAGGAGCUCGUUUCUACCAAAUUGGAGUUAUCUUCCGUCAUCUCGGAUUCGAAUGUAGAAGAACUUCCUCCGAUUUCUCGAGAGCCUUCAGAAACAAAGGAUACUACAGAUCAGGAUGGUGUUAAUACUGUGAGGAAGAACAAAGGAUGUAGAUGCAAGCAGUCCAAAUGUUUAAAGUUGUACUGUGAUUGCUUUGCAUCAGGAGUGGUAUGUACCGACUGUGAUUGUGCUGAUUGUCAUAACAACUCUGACAACUCUGAUGCCAGAGAAGCAGCUCUGAAGAGUGUAUUAGGUCGCAACCCAAAUGCCUUUAAUGGAAAGUCUUUCACCAGCCUAAUUGACAAGCAGUGUACGGCUGCACCUGAUACUAAACUUGGACUGCUUUCGAGAGGCUGCAAAUGCAAAAGAACCAGGUGUUUGAAGAAGUACUGUGAAUGCUUUCAGGCUAAUGUUCUGUGCUCAGACAACUGUAAAUGCAUCGACUGCAAGAAUGUUGCUGAAGUUUUCCAGCCACCUGGGUUUUCUGCUCACAAUUCCCCGCAGGUAUACCAAAGAAGAAGACACCGAGAGCUACCUCAGCGUAGUUCUUGUCCAGCUCUGUUAUUCUCGAUACCUGACCAUUCCAUUCAAAAUGCUCUGGGUUCCCCUAUCUCUAGCUCUCCCUCUCCUAAGCUUCCUUACAGUAAGAAAAAGCCACCGCUGGGAUAUACUUCCACACUUGUUCCGGACUUGGGAGAUAUAUGCUCACUUCUCUUAGUAGCAUCUGAAUCCACUACAGUCGAUGCAGAAGACCAGAACAGGAUUUGUAUAAAGACUGAUGAUAAGGUAGGCAACAAGUGCACUGAGCUAUUGUGUGAGUCUGAGAGCGGUAAUGUAGAAGAAGAAAUACAAUCAUUUGGAAGAUUGAUCGAACUGAUAGAUGCUCAAUACAAUGGAGAGGAAGGUUCUAAUAAGUGUAAGACCAAGACAGGUGUCCACGAAACAGAUAUAUACAUAGAGCAGGAAAGGGCAGUGCUUGCAACUUUCAGAGACUGUCUCCAGAAGUUCAUCAAAUCGAUACUGGAUUCAUAAGAGGUAAUAAUAGUUGCAUCUCAUUUUGUUGAUCCAUCCAUCCUCAAAGUCCAGGUACUACACUUAUAGUUGAGAGCUGAAUCAUAAUUAGCCAUGAAGCUGAGACAGAUAAACACAAACUAACAAUUUUUAACCACAAUAAACACAAAUCAAUAUAGGAAUGGAGAUAAUCAAAUUAAAUACCUAAAUUUACUACUCCAGAUUUUAUUAUAAUGAAUAACCAAAUUAAUAGAGCGAUGACUGAUUAAGAGCACACUAAUCAAAUACUAAUACAUUUU